UGCUUACAGUUUAAAAAUUUUAAUUUACUGAGUAUUAUAGUCUAUAUUAUGCGAUUUUAUGUAGCCUAGUCAUAGAAUACUAGACCUUGGAUUUCCUUAGCUACGCCAACUAAAUAAACAUCGUGUAAACCUGCAAAAUGUUUUAAAUUAAUUUAACUAACUACUUGGAUUUGUUAUUAGGCCUAACCAUAGAGACAUAACCUAAUUUACUUUUCUUGGUUGAGAAUUGAUUGAUUAGCCUAUGUAAAGUCCAUAAAUCCGACGAUUGUGUUUUGUACAAUGUCUAAAAUAAAAUAUUACUUCUGUAAAAAGAAAUCAUUUACUGUCAUUUGUUUUUAUAUCGGGUUCUUGUGUCUAACUUUGCAAUUUGUGGUGUUUUUCGUAUUACUGCAUACCUUGGACGAUAAAGGGAUACUUACAAGUGAUGAAGGUUCAAACAAGUUCUGCCGGUUGUACAUGUCAGAGGAUAUUGAAAUACUUGCUCUAUUAACCACAAAAUUAGGCUUUUCUUUUGUGCUACUAGAUGAAAGGUUUCUAGACCCACAAGCUGUUCAGAACAAUAAAAUACUAAACUUACAAUGCAGUCAUUGUGAUUACUGUAAGCCUUUAAUUUUAGCUCUUGAUUAUGGAACUUAUUUUGAAAGAAGGAAGCAGUUCCUUACUAAGAUUGUGGAUGAAGAUUUCAAUUUGAUUACGUUUUACAACAUCCAUCCUGAUCAGUCUGUACCAGAACUGGAUCACGUUGAGAUUGCUGUGUUUUUGACUAGAAAAUCUACAGUUCAAGUUGUUUUACUUCAUCCUAGGGAGGACAACACCUGGUGGUUUGGUGACCUUCACAGUGAUCUAUCUGGCGAGUCCAAACUUGCCUCUCUAAACCUCACAUACCGGAACAUCAACCUGAUGGCUGUUGAGGGAUCCACUGAAAGGUUUGAAACCGUUCCCUCUCAGUUGAAAGACGACUCAUCAUUGUUGUUGCCGAAGGACAUAAAAUCAUUUUUGUCUGACUUAAGCUGUUCAAAAUUUAUUGAGUGUAAUACAACUAGAGCGACACUUUUUCGUAGCAAAUUCAAGCCAGAUCAAAGUCCAGAAGCUCGGAGAUUCAGACAUAAAGUGUGGAAAAUGCUAUCGAGAGUCAAAACUGUCAUGGAUUCUUUGAAGAUUCCAUUUUGGUUAAGUAGUGGGACAGCUUUAGGUUACUUCAGAGAAUGUGACAUAAUAGCCCACAGUAAAGACGUAGACAUCGGUACUUGGGCUACUUCUUACUCUCCCCAAAUAGUUAUGGAAAUGCAAAGACGUGGCUUCCGUCUUAAAAUAUCUCUGGGUUUCCCGAACGACUCGCUAGAGUUGUCUUUUGUAGACGAAUCUGGCAUUAAAUUGGACAUUUUCUUCUUUUAUCAGGACGAAGAACAUUACUGGAAUGGCGGAACUCAAGUGAAGAGUGGCAAAAAGUUUAAGUAUGAUUUUCCAAAGUUCAGCCUAUGUUGGACGCUGUUUAAGGAUCUGAGAGUUCGCAUCCCUUGUGAGACAGAAGAAUACAUCAAAGCUAACUACGGCCCGGAUUGGUUUGUUCCCGUAACAUCAUGGGAUUGGAAAACUAGUCCGUUCAACGUCAAACCUAAUGGGAUGUGGAGAACAGAUCAACUGACCGAAGCUAUAAAAUUGUAUCCAACAUGAAAGUAAAUUAGAGUUUGGUUUUCCGUCGAAGAAAUAGAAAGGUUUAAAGAAAGGUAACCAUUAAAAACUUGCAUAUUAUCAAUACAAUUGAUGGGGACGCCACCUAGGUGUGCAUUUCAAUCCAAAUAUGAGUGAUGGAUGAGUGUAAUGGAGUGAGAUGAUCUGUGUAGCUUUUUUACUGACUAAGAUCAGCUGUUUCAUUAGUCAGGACCAUUUAUUUAAAGCCCAAAAUCAGGAACGGCUGGGUAAUCAAGUAAAUAAGAAUAAGUGGCCCUAAAGAAAAUACCAAACCUACUUGUUUGCUAUGAUUCAUAAUGAUAUCAAAACAUACGUGCCAUAAUGUUCGGGGUUCUUGAUCUCAUAGUUCGAGUAGUAUUGUUGAAGAUUUGGUCAUGUCCUGGUUUCUCAGAUUGGUUUUGUAAGAGUAAUUUAUGGUUUUCAAUAAUGUUAGGUUGAGGUGGCAUAACAAAGUGUUAAAUCAUACUCAGCCACAAAAUGUACCAUUACCUUGAGAAACUGCAAGUAGAAACUGCUCAUUUAUGUGAACCCGAGCACAUUGGAAACAAUCAAUUCCUCGUCAAAUUUCUCAAAAGUAUUGGAUUAAUAUGUUUAGCUCUGCUCAAUAUUGCAAGUAAACAACUUCAUUGUACACUUAGUUAUAGUCUUCCAUGUUCAAACAGUAUUUUAAAUGUUAUUUUUCAACAUCAGCUAAU